AUGAAACUCGACCCGGCCGUCAUCAAGCUGCUUAACCUCGAUCCUGAAAACACGAGUGUAUCUUCAGCCGGCGGAGGAGGAUGCAGCUCCGCAUCUACUUCUAAGAUAACGUCGAAGCUUAGCGAUGGGACGGAGAAGUGCUUUUUCAUGAAGACUGGCAGGGGAGAGGAUGCGGAGAUCAUGUUCGAAGGCGAACACGCCUCCCUCAACGCCCUCCACAACGCCGUCCCCUCGCUCUGUCCGCAGUCCUUCGGCCACGGCCACUUCACCUCCCAGCCUUCCACUUCAUUUCUCGUAACCGACUUCCUGAACCUCACAUCGCGCUCCGCCUCGAAAUCUUCUGCGCCCUCCCUAGCCUCCAAGCUCGCGAAACUACAUACGACGCCUGCGCCAGUACCAGACGGGUACGAUAAGCCGAUGUUUGGAUUCCCGGUCACAACAUGCUGCGGGGAUACACCACAGGAUAAUAGUUUCAAGAGUUCCUGGGCGGACUUCUACGCGAAUAAUCGGCUGCGAUUCAUUCUGCGACGAGCGGAAAAGUCGAAUGGGUCAGAUAAGGAACUACAUGCCCUUGUCGAGACGACGGCAUCCAAAGUCGUGCCGCGACUAAUUGGCGACGACCACCUCAACAACGGGAAAAGGGUCACACCGGUAGUCGUGCACGGCGAUCUUUGGAGCGGCAAUGCGGGUGUCGGCGUCAUCGGAGCGAAAGGCGGAGACGCGGAGGAGGUGGUAUACGAUCCGAGCGCGUGCUAUGCACAUAGCGAGUUCGAGCUGGGCAUAAUGAAGAUGUUCGGCGGUUUCGGUGGCAGCUUUCUUAAAGAGUACCACCAGCUGUGUCCGAAGACGGAGCCGGUCGAGGAGUAUGAGGAUCGCGUAGAGCUGUACGAACUGUAUCACCAUAUGAACCACUACGCGCUGUUUGGGGGUGGCUAUCGGUCUGGUGCGAUCAGUAUCAUGAAGAGCUUGGUCAGGAAGUAUGGCGAGUAG